GAAAGCAAGAGAAAGGACAGCAAGGUGGAGAUGGAAUGAAGACGGCAAAGACAUCUGCCAUGCAGCCGGGUGUGAUGGGGCUUGAGGAGCCUUCAAAGCAGAGCCCUCUUCUUCUUGGAUGGUCCUAGCCCACCAGCAAGCUUUUCUGCUUCUCGGGAGGUUGCAAGAGAAUCAGAAAUGGAGGACUACACGGAGACCCUGAAGGACGAAGAGGAUGCGUUAUGGGAGAACGUGGAGUGCAACCGUCAUAUGUUGACCCGCUACAUCAACCCAGCCAAGCUGACCCCUUACCUGCGUCAGUGUAAAGUUGUGGAUGAGCAAGAUGAAGAUGAGGUGCUCAACUCCCCGAUGCUCCUCUCCAAAAUCAACAGAGCAGGUCGGCUACUAGACAUUCUUCAUACCAAAGGGCAGAGAGGCUAUGUGGUCUUCUUAGAAAGCCUUGAAUUUUACUAUCCAGAACUCUACAAACUAGUGACUGGCAAGGAACCAACACGACGGUUCUCCACUAUUGUUGUAGAAGAGGGUCAUGAAGGGCUCACUCAUUUCCUGAUGAAUGAGAUCAUUAAGCUCCAGCAACAGGUCAAGACCAAGGAUGCCCAGCGCUGUGAGCUCCUGGCCAAGUCCCGCCAGUUGGAGGAUGAGAGGAAGCAGUUGAAGCUCAACAAGAUAGAGCUGCUGACCUUCCAGGAGAGGUACAACAAAAUGAAGGAGGAGAGGAACAACUAUAACGACGAACUGGUCAAGGUUAAGGAUGAGAACUACAACUUGGCCAUGAGGUACGCCCAACUGAGCGAAGAGAAGAACAUGGCGGUGAUGAGAAGCAGAGACCUCCAGCUAGAGAUUGACCAGCUGAAACACUGGCUGAAUAAAGUGGAAGAGGAAUGCAAGCUGGAAAGAAACCAGUCUUUGAAGCUCAAGAAUGACAUUGAAAAUCGGCCAAAGAAGGAACAAAUUUUUGAAUUGGAACGGGAGAAUGAGAUGCUGAAGACCAAAAUUCAGGAGCUACAGUCUAUCAUUCAGGCUGGGGAACCAGGCUUGCCAGAUUCAGACAAGGCCAUUUUGGAUAUCCUCGAACACGACCGGAAAGAGGCGCUCGAAGAUCGCCAGGAGUUGGUCAACAAGAUCUUUAAUUUCCAGGAAGAGAUCCGACAUGCAGAGGACCUCCGAGAUAAGUACCUCGAGGAGAAACAGGAGCUGGAGUUAAAAUGCUCAACUCUGGGGAAGGACUGUGAAAUGUACAAACACCGGAUGAAUACGGUGAUGAUACAACUGGAAGAAGUGGAGAAGGAGAGAGACCAGGCAUUCCACUCUCGUGACGGGGCACAAACUCAAUAUUCUCAGUGCCUGAUUGAGAAGGACAAAUAUCGGAAGCAGAUCCGGGAGCUGGAGGAAAAGAACGAUGAGCUCCGGAUUGAACUGGUCCGGAAGGAGGCCUGCAUCAUUAAUCUGGAGUGCAAACUGCGGCGUCUCUCCAAGGAGAAUUGCUACGAUCAGAGCCUACCAAGGAACCUACCCCUCACUGUGAUUUCUCAGGCUCUUGAUUCCCAGAACCCCAAAAUUAAUGGCCAAGAGGCUGACGAUUCCUCGACUUCCGAGGACUCGCCUGAAGACAGCAAGUUUUUCCGUUCGGAGCAGCCUCGAUUCAGAAGGAUGAACCUGAAGGGCAUCCAGCUGCCAAGAACCAGAUCCCCUGUCAGUGUGAGCAAAGCGUCAGAUUUUCAAGUGGUUCGAGGACAUGACGAAGACCGGGCUGACACCAUCAGCAGCCAAGCAGACACCAAUUCUUCAAACCCCGUUUCCAUCAGCAACUCAGCGGGCAGCUGCGAAGUUGGCAAAAUUCAAACGCUACGGAAUCGCAACCCUAGCAUCAUGUCCACAACCCCGGAGCCCCCAGGGAAUGACUCCAUACUCCGCCGUUCCAGAGAAGAUGCUCCCCAUAGUAGCCUGACAGAAGAAGACAAUGACAGCUUUGGCUGCGACACUUUGGAGUUAGACGAUGACUUCCAUGACAGAUAUUCCUCGCUGCCUUCCUCAUCCUCUUCCCAUCAGUCGGAAGGGCUGGACUUCGAGCAAGUCAACUCCAUUUUUCGGAAAUUCUCUCUGGAGAGGCCCUUCCGCCCUUCGGUAACGUCUGUCGGCCGUCUCCACACCACGUUCCACGCCGUCCAGCAAAUCAUUGUGACUGGAGACAGCUUGAGUUCGGAGAUCACUCUGCUGGGAGGGAAUAUCAAAGGGAACUACGUCAAGUCUGUCAAGAUGGACUCCAUGGCAGAGAAAGCCGGCCUCAGAGAGGGACACCAGCUCCUUUUGGUGGAGGGAUGCAUCAAAGGGGAACACACAAUCCUACCCUUGGAUGCUUGCACAAAGGAAGAAGUGCACUGGAUAAUUCAGAAGUGUAGUGGACCAGUAACGCUGCACUGUAAAUUGAACCACGAAGGAUAUAGGAAACUGCUGGCUGAAAUUGAAGAAGGACUGGUCACAUCAGGAGACUCUUUCUACAUCCGCCUGAAUCUGAGCAUCUCCAGCCAGCUGGACUGCUGCUCCCUCUCGGUGAAAUGCGAUGAGAUCCUGCAUGUCCUUGACACCAUGCACCAUGGGAAGUGUGAGUGGCUUUGCGCUAGAGUUGACCCCUUCACUGACAAGGAUUUGGAAACAGGGACCAUCCCCAAUGGCAGCAGAGCCCAACAGCUCCUCCUAGUGAAGUUGCAGCGGCUGAUGAACAAAGGGAACAAGGAUGAGCUGGACAGUUCGUAUGGUACGCUCCGAUCGCCCCGGAAUACACUGCAACCGGAAGAACAUACUCCUCCAGGUGACUCUAAAACCAGUCCUCGUCUUUCCCGAGCCAGUUUCCUUUUGGGGCAGAUUCUACAGUUUGUCAGCAGGUCAGAAAACAAGUACAAGCGCAUGAACAGCAACGAACGAGUCCGCAUUGUCACCUCAAAAGACACUCGUGCCAGAUCAGAGGUGCAGCCAGUGACCAAGGCCUUGCUGGACAGAUUUGAAGAGUUUGAUUCAGUCAGCGAGAUCAAUAAGAGUUUCAGCUUGGUCCCUUAUAGCUCAGUGCGCCCCAUCCAUUGCAACCAUCGGCGCCCCGUCCUCUUCUGCCCCACGAUGCUCUCCAAGACCUUCAUUCAGAAGCUGCUCAAUUCUGGAGGGGCCCUGGAAUUCAAUCUGUGCAAACCAGACAUCAUAACAAAGGAGGAAUUCUUGAGGAGGCACAAGAAAGAAACAAUCAUAUACUCCCGAGAAAGGAAUCCGCACACCUACGAAUGUAUCUUCCCUGCAAAUAUUGAGGCUGUUGCUGCCAAGAACAAACAUUGUCUGCUGGAAGUUGGCAUCGGCUGCACAAAGGAUUUAAUCAAAGCCAGGAUAUAUCCCAUUGUUCUCUUUAUUAGAGUCUCAGAAAAAAACAUCAAGAAGUUCAGGAAACUGCUCCCAAAGCCUGAGACAGAGGAAGAGUUCUUGCCGAUGUGCCGCCAGAACGAGAAAGAACUGGAGGGUUUGCCCUGCCUUUACGCCUCCUUGGAAGCCGACGCUUGGAGCAGCCUUGAGGACCUCCUCCGUAUCAUCAAGGAAAAGGUGGCCGAAGAACAGCAAAAAACCAUCUGGGUUGAUGAGGAGCAAUUGUGAAGCGCAAACCCAAUUGGUGAUGGAGUGAGGUGCCAUUUGAUAACAUAACGGAGCAGCCCUGAAGGUGUUGGAUGUCCAAGAGGAACCUCUGAGGUCGAGACAGCCUUCACUCACUAUUCCAUCAUUACUCACCUGUUGAGGAGUCUCAACAACUGGGAGAACAUUGAGUGUGAGAGAACGAUUAAAAACAACACCAACACCAUGAAUGGUUGAGUUAUGUGGGAACCAAACAUGCUACUUGGGGACUCUGACCAAGACCUUUCCACCACAGAAGUUUACUUCUCUGCCACAAGUGUCUGUUUCUUCUGGCACUAAAGGAUAGGAAUAUUCAAGAGAUGCUUAUAAAGAAUAAACCUAUUGUCACGGUUCUCAGAAUGGGACAUGAAGAGACACACAAAGGGUUUUUCUACAGAUGCUGGUGGAGACACGGCUUCCCACCAACACAGUCUCUUUUGAGAAAGUGGGUUCAGCUUGAUGGUAGAGGAGGAGGCUCAGACACAAGACUAUGAAUGUAUUUCAUGGGAGAGAUCCCAGCCUGCUUGGUAGCAGGAUGACGUUUGGAUUGGAUCUUCACUACAAAGUGUGCCUCGGUUUUAUGCCAGUUGGCCAAAGUGUCCGCCAAAGAAUCCUACAAACAAUAAUUUUAGGGACCAGUGAUGUUCUCUUGGAGAUGCCAAGCCCCUAUUGCUUUCCUCAUAGGCGUUGCCAUUCCCAGCAUUCCUUCAAAAUUGGGAAUGACUUGUUACUUACAGUUGUGCCGAUUUGUCUUCAAUUUCAGUUUUCCGAUUGACGGCAGCAAUGUUAGAAGACUAAAGUUCCUUCCUGAAAAUACUCCAGCGCUGCAAAUAUUUGUGUCCGCUCCACUCCACCAACCCAGUUCAGUGCCGCAGUUUCCUGUGACAACUGGAGCUACUGGUUUGUCAACACUGUCCUCCUAGCUAUUGUUGUUUUCUCCUCUUGGCACAGGAUGCAUGUUCAACUGAAAUUGAGAUCACAUAACAUCCCACCUCCAGAUAACCGAUCGGUGAUAGUCCCCAUUGCUGUGGUGACUGUGGGCAGUGCAAAUGAAUAGAUAGGAACAUUUUCUCAGGGAUCGCUGGCAACAUGCCGAAAGAGAAGCAUAUGUCUUCAACACUUAAAAAUUCACCCCAGAAAAAUAGGUUGAAUUAUGUUCCCCCAUUAAAUCAGCUUGCAUCUGUGCAGUAGAUAUGCUUUUAAGUCUUGGAGACGUUAGCUAUCUGCAGUAUAAAGGGACAGUCCACUGCGGCCAUGUGCUUCUCUGCACCAAUGCACCUCAACAGGGCUUGCGUGGGGCUAAAAUAAAUUGGGGUUGCACAGCUGUGCCUGGCAGAUUGUGUCCUGUGCAUGGAGUAGCCAUGCGCCGUUUAUACCCAGCCCUUUGAAGAAUACAGAUUGCUAAAGGCUUUGGAACUGGCAGCUAGAACAAUUCCCCCACUUUAAAAUCUUAAAUUAAGCGGCAAGUUUUUCCACAUACCCAUAGCAAACUGCCUUGUCACUUGACAUAUUUUCUUCUAUAAAAAGCAUUUAUGAGCACAUAAAAAUAACAGGCUCCUUCUUUCUCUUGCUAUGUUUUUUUUCAUAUAUAUAUAUAUAUAUAUGUUGAAAAUGGCAUGAUUUUCGGUCCUGCAGCUGAUUGCAACAGGCUUCAGAUUGAAGGAAAUAGAUGUGAGAAGUUAAGUCAAAUGUGUUUUAUGGCACCAGCACUUCAAGAGGGAUAAUUGGAAUACAGCUUUGAAGACUCUGUGUGUGUGUAGGUGAGUGUGCGCAUACGCACCUCUAAUACAGCAAAGAUACAUAUCUUUUAUUUCGUAAAGGUGGAAUUCAGUGUCUAAAUUAAUGAAUGCAAGCAAAUUACACCACUUUUCUUUCCCAACCUGCUUUGCCCAGCUUUUUUUUUUUUGGGGGGGGGGGUUUCAUUAUAUAAAGCUAACAUUGUCUGGUAUAUCUGUGUUUCAGGGAUGUGUUGCUCGUAAGGAUUUCUUACUAACUUUUUGCCCCCAAAAUAUUUGAUUUCCACUUUGUGCCUGCAUUUUGGCUGGAGGGUAACAUACCAACCCUUUUUGCUAUUGAACAGAGAGAGCAUCGUUUUGGGGAGAUGGAAACAGAGGGGAGAAGAGAUAGAAAAGAAAGGGCUUCUUCCUCUACAAAGUGAUGAUGGAGUCAUCUAGUCAUCCCAAAUGCACAAUCCACCCACUAAGAUAUUCAUCAUAGCAGAUUCUAGCAGUUUGUUUGGAGCAUCCUUGCUUGGAGAAGCACACGAUCACACUAGGAUGAUAUGCACAUUGAGUAGAAUUGCAGAAUUUAAGCAUUAGAGAACGUUUGCAUCCUGUGCAAAUAGUGGCCUAGGACAAGCUGCUACAAAUAGUGAGCUAAGCUAAGCAAUGGUUGUGCAACAAAAGAAUUCAAUGCUGUAGUGCCAGUUGUACAACUGUGAGAUUCAGUGCAACUAUGCUUAUUUACAGUUGUUGUUGUGUACCUUCAAAUCAACUCCAACACCAUCCUAUCAUAGGGUUUGGGAGGUUUCUUGGCUGAAAUGUAUUAAAAGGUUAUCCAUUGCUUUGCUUUAAGUCUGAGAGAGUGUUUGUGACUUGUGCCAGGUCACCCAGAAUGAGUUUUUAUGGCCGAUCCAAACAUUGGUCUCUUGAGGUCUAGUCCGACGCUAAAACAACUACAGCAUG